AGGAAUCAUGGCUGCCAAAGUGUUGGAGUCCAUCGGAAAGUUCGGCCUGGCUUUAGCAGUUGCAGGAGGCGUGAUGAACUCUGCUUUAUAUAACGUGGAUGCUGGGCACAGAGCUGUCAUCUUUGACCGAUUCCAUGGAGUACAGGACAUUGUGGUAGGGGAAGGGACUCACUUUCUCAUCCCUUGGGUACAGAAACCAGUUAUAUUUGACUGUCGCUCUCAGCCACGGAAUGUACCAGUCGUGACUGGUAGCAAAGAUUUGCAGAACGUCAACAUCACACUGCGCAUCCUCUUCCGGCCCGUGGCCAGCCAGCUUCCUCGGAUCUACACCAACAUCGGCCAGGACUAUGAUGAGCGGGUGCUGCCGUCCAUCACCUCAGAGGUUCUCAAGUCAGUGGUGGCUCGCUUCGAUGCGGGAGAAUUGAUUACCCAGCGAGAGGUGGUCUCCAGGCAAGUGAGCGAUGACCUCACAGAGCGAGCAGCAACAUUUGGGCUCAUCCUGGAUGACGUGUCCCUGACACAUCUGACCUUCGGGAAGGAGUUCACGGAGGCGGUGGAAGCCAAACAGGUGGCUCAGCAGGAAGCGGAGACAGCCAGAUUUGUGGUGGAAAAGGCGGAGCAGCAGAAGGCAGCAGCCAUCAUUUCUGCUGAGGGUGACGCUAAGGCAGCUGAGCUGAUCGCCAACUCGCUGGCCACAGCAGGUGACGGCCUGAUCGAGCUGAGAAAGCUAGAGGCUGCUGAGGACAUUGCAUACCAGCUUUCCCGAUCUCUGAAUGUCACCUACCUGCCAGUGGGCCAGACUUUGCCUCUGAAGCUUCCCCAGUGA